ACCGAUCGACCGAGUCCUGCUUUUGUUUACACAUGUAGCACAACACCACGAAAUAACCACAGUUAACUGCUUUGGCGCAGUACGUUGUCAAUAACCUAUCUAUAUUAUUUGGCGUUUUACACGGGACGAGAGAUACAUGAACAUUUGCUCUAUUCUGCCAUCUUAGGAGAUCUUCUAGCCAAGAGGAGUUGAUAUAACAGCUGAUUUGAUAUGGACGUAGGUUCUUGUAUAAUGAUGACAUCUCUGCAAAAUUCGACAUAUAGGGAAAGAAUAUGUGGACAAAUAAAGGAAAAGUAGCAAGAAAACGAAAAACAAGGGGACUUUCGAAAUCAGCGUCAGGUUUUUACAACGUCAAAUCUUGUGACACGCUCAUAGCUUGUAAAAGACAAUUAUGAAGCUGCAAAUACCUGCAGUAAUGCGGUCUCGUGCCGCUGAAAUGACGUCACAAUUUUGGUUAGUAAUGUCUCAUAUCUGGGAUACGAUGAGUGAUGGGCGUGUCGUCGGCAGAGCUUUCUUCUGGUAUAUCUGGAUCAUGGUUGUCAUGGCAACCGUUUCAACGCUGGCCCUCUGGGCAUCGCUGGAUGCCAGUUAUGGGCAUCCUGGUGUAGUACAUCGCUAUGCAAGAGAAGCCGAAGAAGGAUCGGGUUUGAUGGAUAGUCUGAGAAGGUUAUCUUAUCAGAUUGAUGGAGCUUUCACAAGACCACGAACAGUCGACGUCAAAGCAAGAAAAUUAAUCCAUGGUCCAGUAUGCCCAGAAAUAGACAUACCCGGUUCAGAGAAAAAUUUAACUCAUGAACUCAACGAAACAACAAUGUUCCACGUGGAAGAACGCGUUCUCCACACUCAUACCAUGGAUGCCCGUCGGCUUACCCAACAUAGCAACGAGAAACUUCAGAAGCUCUACCAGGCGAGGAAGAUCAACACCGCAUCUGGAGCUGGUAUCCCUGAUGUACUGAAUGACGGACUGGAGACGGAGGAAUACAUCUUGUUGCCAGGAGGACACUGGAUUCCAACCAAGUGCUCACCGAGAUGGAAGGUAGCCAUAGUGAUACCUUUUCGUGACAGGCACCAGCACCUUCCAAUCUUACUUCUUCAUCUUGUUCCAUUCCUCAAGAGCCAAUAUCUGGAGUUCUCCAUCUUUGUCAUUGAACAGGAAAAUGAUCUCCGUUUUAACAGGGCGAUGUUAAUGAACGUCGGUUUCGUCGAGGCUUUGAACUACACCAUGUUCGACUGUUUUAUCUUUCACGAUGUCGACCAUAUACCUCUCAACUACGGUAACCUCUACGGCUGCAGCGGCAUGCCUCGACACUUCGUCUCUGGUGUCGACCGGUGGAACUACAAAUUACUGUAUGGGGCCUUCUUCGGGGCUGUGACGGGUUUCACGAGGACCCAGAUCGAGAAAUUUAACGGGUUUCCCAAUGCUUACUGGGGCUGGGGAGGAGAAGAUGACGACAUCUUAGGUCGGAUAAGAGCCAAGGGGCUGUCCAAGACUAGGCCCUGGGGACCGGUCGGGUUCUACAAUGUCAUUCCACAUCACCAUAAGAGCGCCAAGAAAAAUAUGGACAGGGUAUGUCUUCUAAACCAUUACAAAGAGCGCAUGGAAACUGAUGGCUUGAGCAACCUUUACUAUGGCACACCGAGUGUACAACUGUACCCUCUGUAUACAAACAUUGGAGUCGACAUCCAGGACCUUCCUUGGAAUGUUGCGUGGCACGUGUGCGAUCGAGAUGCUGAGCUCUUUGAGAAGAUUCUUAGAGAGAAAGAUGUCGUUGCCGGCGAAGGACAUAUAUUAGAGAUUCAAAAGGAAGAUGUGAAAAAACCUAAAGAAGAAUCGCCGAAGGGUUGAAUAAAAACUCAAGUUGCUGCAUCAUUCACAGUUCAUUAAGCUGUACCGGAAAAAGACAUUAACGAAUUUUCGAUAAUCAUAAUUAUGCCCUCUCUACAAGAGAUUAAAGGUUGUUUCAGAUAAUUAGAUAUUUGUAAGGUCAAUCAGAGAGUUAUAGGACUACACAUCGCAACUCGUACCCUUUCCAAUGGAAGCAACCUUCCAAAUGAACUUAUCUUGAUAUGGACUCUGUGUAAUAGAUACAUGUAUGUGCUAUGAAUAUGUAGGAUUAUUUAUAAACGUUUCAAUUUGCUUUCAUUGUUAUCAUUAUUUGUAUUGCUGCGUUGUACUGUUACGUGAUUUUUGUACCUCGGGUAAUUAAUAGAUGUUCGUAGAGUUACUGACCAGUUUUGUAAAUUGAUGAAAAUUCGUCAUUGGUCGAUAUAUGCAUUAUAUAGUCGAUCAAUUUUAUUUGUUCAAUUCAUUCGUGAUAUAAUCAUUACAUUGUAUUUCAGUGUUAUUAUUAUUUUUUUGUUUGGGGGGGGGGGGGG